GUGGCGCAGUCACGUCACAGCCGGCGCUGCCGCCCCGCCCGCGGCCCGCGCGUUCCGCCGGCGCUCCCGCAGGUCUGCUCUGAAUGUCUAGUGGGGUAAAAUCUGCCUGGGGAUCUCCAGAGCUGCAGGGUUUGCUGUCCCCACUCCACGUGGACUCCCUGGUCUGUGUCACCUGUUUUCCUGUUCAGCAUUUCCUUGGGUGAUGGUGCUCUCUUUCCUGAGCAGAGCCCUGCCACGAGCCAGGCAUUCACCCAGCCCACUGGGGAGACAGCUCUGCUCAGCCAGCAGGAAUAAGCCAGUCUUGACUUUGUUCACCAAGAAACCAUGCCCUCUGUGUGAUGAAGCAAAAGAAGUUCUUGAGCCAUACAAGAGAAGGUUCAUUCUGCAGGAGGUGGAUAUUACCCUUCCAGAGAACUCGGCCUGGUAUGAUAAAUACAAACAUGACAUCCCUGUUUUCCACUUGAAUGGGAGGUUCCUAAUGAAGCACCGAGUCGACAUUCCAAAGUUUGAGGACCGGCUGAGGAAGCUGGAGUUGCAAACUGAGGGAAACCAGUGAAGAAAAUGCAGCUGCUCUGAUGCAGAUCUCAAAGGAAUUUAAGCAGGCUCACUUCACAGAGGGAAGAAUCCAGAUAGAAUGCCUGGCUGGAACAGCAAACUGAAAUACAGCAGGAUUCAAGAAAGACUCUGAAGGUUUUGGAGUAUGGUUUAAUAAGAAGUCAGCUGAUCUGCUGUGGUGAAAAUGGGCUUCAUGGCCUCAUCCUGCAGUGUCUUUAGCAUCUGACAAAUAAUUUGCAAUCUAGUCUUGAUGUAUUCCCCAAGAUGAAAAAUUUCAGGGGAGAAGGGAGUAAGAAAUUAAAACUUUGCUCCAGCUUAGCAGCUUCAGUCCCCUCAGGUGGGGGUCUGAAACUAUCCAAUGUUUCCCAGAGGGAGACCUGUGCCAUUUUUAUAGCAGAGAACUUGAGGUCAGUUCAGCCAGAUCAUGGAUCCACAAUGUUUUUCAUCACCACUAGCAGGAGAACAGGACUUUAGAGACAAAAACUUCUAUACUUUCUGCAGUUC